ACAGUCGUGGACAAGACGAGCGCACGCACACUCGCGCGUAACGCCGAGCUAUAUUGCCCGCAGUGUAUAUAUAAUAGUCACUCACCCCUCCGCGUUGAAAGUGCACGUCAAGCGCUGUUUUGGUGCACCCUGUCGCCGCCGUACACUGUCCAUUUGUUUUUUAUUUGACAUUACAAUAUUAUAUUAUAUCUAUUAACGUGUAGCUUACAAGCGAAAAACCGAAAAAAUCGUUUUUCUACUUUCGGCUUCCCCGCAUCAACCGCUGCCUACGUCAAAGUGCCAAACGCAUCGUACGGAAAACGCACAGCGGCCACUGCAGCAGCAGCAGCGGUAGCAGCAACCUGCAAACUGCACGCGUUAACAGCGACCACGUCGUUAACGUCGCACGCGAACUGCUUGGACGAAAGUCAAAAGGUAUAUAUUAUGUUCUAGAACGUAUUGCGUGUCCGUCAUAUGGUUGGACAGAGGAGGCCAAGUAGAUCAUGUUCAAUAUUGAUAUGGGGUGGCUUUCUAUUGCUUUACGCCGCGCUAACCGCAAUCAUAGAUUGUACUCAGAGCAAUGGGACAAGCACGACAGUUAUUCCAUUGUCGUCCAGUGUCAAGCAAUCUUCAUCCGCAGACCUAGUGACCACGGAUGAUACUUACGCGUCUGGUGACGGUCAAACAAUUCUUCCGACACAAUCGUUACUUCAAAAUGAAAACCAAACUACGGAAAGCAUUUCGGUUCUAAAUACAGCAAACACAUCAACAAUUAUUACCGACGAAGCAACUGAGAAAUGCACUCCACCAGCAAUAAAACAGUUCCCCAGGCCUUUUAUGAGACCCUCGGUGAGACGACGAGGAGGAAUAUUAAUCCACAUAAUUAUAUGUAUUUAUAGCUUCUUAGGACUAGCAAUCGUAUGUGAUCACUAUUUUGUAAAGUCAUUGGAUAGAAUUUGUGAAGAACUUAAAGUAAGCCCUGAUGUCGCGGGUGCAACAUUUAUGGCGGCUGGUAGCUCUGCGCCUGAAUUGGCUACCGUUGUCAUUGGUGUAUUUCUAGCCAAAGACGAUAUAGGUGUUAGCGGAGUCAUCGGAUCUGCCGUUUUCAAUAUUAUGUUUGUCAUAGCUGUUUGUGGCUUAGCAUCCACAACCGUGACCUACCUCAACUGGUGGCCUCUUUGCAGGGAUUCAUUUUUCUACACCAUAAGCAUACUCAUCAUGCUGUUAGCCAUUUAUAAUGAAACUAUAUCAUGGAUCGAAAGUUCUAUGCUGCUUCUGGCGUAUGCGAUAUAUUGUGUGGCGUUGUAUUACAACUUGUACUUGGAAGCAUGGGCCAAUACUUGGAACCUACCUUUUCCACCAAGAAAUCACGGACAAAUAAAUGAAUUGUUUGCGGAUCAAACAUCAGAUAUCAAAGAAGGCCAAGAACAAAUUCAAUUGACUGGUACUAAAAGUCCGACGGGGUAUGACACUACUGGAUCAACUGGAAUAGAUUUACAAGAACAAAAUCAACAGCAGAAAAAUCAACAAAUACAACAAAAUCCAGACUAUUAUAUACCAAAGGUGUAUCAUGAAGCUGAUGAGGUAAAUCCCUUGCUUAAGCCGGAAAAUGGAAAUAUUUUACAUGUUAUUCAAUGGGCCGUUAUGUAUCCAAUUUAUUUUACUUGUUAUUAUACAAUGCCGGACUGUCGGAAAGAAAAUUUCAAAAACUGGUAUGGAUUAACAUUUGUUAUAUCUAUGCUAUGGAUUUCUGUGUAUUCUUAUAUUAUGGUCUGGAUGAUCACAGUAAUUGGUAAUACACUUGGGAUACCAGAUACAGUUAUGGGACUAACGUUUGUUGCAGCUGGAGUUAGUGUACCAGACGCUUUAUCAAGUCUUUCAGUAGUUAAAGAAGGUUACGGUGACAUGGCUGUAUCUAACGCAAUUGGAAGUAACGUGUUUGACAUAUUAGUAUGCCUAGGACUUCCGUGGUUUUUGCAAACUGCUGUAUUUAAUCCCGGGAGCACUGUAAAAGUGUACAGUAAAGGUUUAACUUAUUGUACAUUAACUCUUCUAUCGACCGUAGUAUUUUUGUUGGUGGCAACGCACAUGAAUGGAUGGAAGUUGGAUAGAAAAUUUGGAGCUGUCCUUAUGUUGUGGUAUUUGAUUUUCAUCGCAAUAGCUAGUUUAUACGAAAUGAAUGGUACUAUGAAUCCACCCAGCUGCUUAACCGACUAUUAAUGUUACAUAAAAUAUUUAAACAAUAGGUUACGUUUAAUUUAUUAAUUCAUUUUGGUUUUAAAUAAGUUUGUUUUGUAUUUUUCGUUCAAAAUAACGUUAUUCUCCUGUCGUGCCUGACAGUUCAGCAUCCUGUGAUUUUUUUGUAUAAGUAAUAUAUUAUAAAGAAAAUAUAUAAUAUUAGGUAUAAUACAUUAAGCUAUUAUACUUAAAUUGCGUAUACGCGUUUUCUGGGAUUAAUGCUGAUAUUAUCUGGAAUAAUUAUUUUUAAUUGGACAUAUUAGAAAACUUAUGCCAAUGAUGUUAUCUUUUGAUAAUAUACUGUCUUCAUAUUUUUUAGUUUUAUUUUUUCGUGUUGGACCAUAAGUUAAAUAAAAGUUAUGUUAUUAUUAAUCGCACAAUUUAGAUUAGUUAUAAACGUAUAAUAUGUUGUUCUAUUACAUUUAACGGGGUACGGAACCACGUUUUGCUUUCCAAUUUGAAAUUUUUGGUUUUCUGUACAAUUUUCAAAAUUGUUUCAAUUGAAAUUAUGGCAUAAUUAAAACAACAUUUUGUAAUUAAGUACUAACAUAUUAUGUUAGUUGAAAAUAAUAAUAUUUAUUGUUAUUAUAUCUCCAAUUAUUAAUAAUAUACCUAGGUAAAUAUAGUUAACAUUUUUUAAUGUUAUUACUUUAUUAUUAUUUUGUUAUUUAAAGUUUUUUUUUUUUAUUAUUGUUUUAUUAAAAGGUCUGAAUAUUAAUAAUAUAAAUAUUUGCAAUAAAAUAAUAUAUUUAGAAAACAAUAUUAUGAUUACCUACUCUAAACUUAAGAGUGUUGAUGCAAUUUAUUUAACUUCAAUAAUAUCAUUAAAUAGUAUUAAAUUAUUUAUUUGAUACUAUUAUAAUCGAGACAAUAAUUAGUUUCAUAAGUCAUAUAUUAUUAAAUUUGUAUAGAUAGUUAAUUUUAAGACAAUGUUAUUAAACUUUUAGCUUGUUUACGUCAUAUAAAUUGUACUUAUAUAAUAUGAGUACCGUAUCAUAUAUAACACUAUAAUAACUUAUAAGUAAUUUAUAAACUAUAAAAUCUAUCAUAUAUAUAUUACCUACCCGUUGGCCUUUACCAUAUUAUAUUCUGCUUAAUUAAUAUUCUUCAUACCAUUAUGUUUUUAUAAUAUACCUAAUACCUAUCCUUGUUGACUAUGAUUAAAACAUUUUCUAAAUUAUUAUUUUUAUGCAUAAGCAGUAAAUUGGAUUUGUAACCCUAAAUUUAUUGUUACUUAGUUUUUAUUUAAUGCUAUAAUAUUUUACUAGUUAUACAAUAAUUAUGUUAUCAUCUUCUAUUUUGUAAGUUAGUUAUAUGACUUAUCACUUAGGUACCUAUAUCUAUAAAACCUAUUUAGUAUUUACCUAUACGACUAUACGAUAUCCUAUAUAUACUCAAACAUUAAAUGUAUUAUUAUUUUCGAACUAACAUUAAAACAUUAUAGCCUAAUGGUAAUGAUUAUUAGACGAUAUUAUAUUAGUUUAUUAAAACUAAUAGAAAGCACAAAUACCUAUACCUAUACAACAAUUAACAAUCGAACUAAUUUUGAAUUACUUAAUAAAUGUUUAAAAUGCAAUAGGUAUCCCACGACCACGAGUAUAUCGAUAUGUUAACUACUUUUAUGCGUGUUUCAAGUUAUCUUAAAUUAAUUAUUAUUUAUUAUAUGUUAAUAAUGUAAAAUAUUUUAAAAUUUACUAUACUAUAUUACAAUUAUAUAUUAAUAUAUAAAUAUAUAUACUGAUAUUCGGUUAGUCAUGUACUAUUGUUACACAGUUAAAAUCCAUUUAUUUAUAUCGAAAAAACGUUUAAGUAAAUAUACUGCGUAUGUUCAUUUUCU